GAGAGUUCGCCAAUGUUUUAUUAAUUGUUAAAACUUGAGAAAUAAAAACAUUUAUUUAUGAUGAAAUAAAAUGAGGUAAUUUGUAGUUCAGAUAAGCAGAAAAGAUUAAGCUCCGGUGAUGGGAACCAGUUGGUUUCAAAACCUUUGAUUCAGAAUCUUCCAGCUGGGAAGAUGAUGGAAGCUGCAGAUGUAAACAGUUCUCUGGGUUUGGAUAGUUUUGAAGAUGAGGCUAUGGUUAAUGACUCAAGGAAGGUUAAUUUGGCACUCUUUUCUUCUUCUGUGUAUGAGGCUGGAUCUUCUGGAUUAAGUGUUAAGCAAAAGAGUCCAAGGAAAAGAAAAGCUGUUGUGAUGAAAAAGAAUUCAGAGAAAGUGGCAGCCUCUGAAGGUGAUGAGGUGAGUUUUAAUAUCCAAUUUGAUAAAGUUUUUAAACGCAAAACUCUCCCUUCUGUACCAGAGGAGUCUACUUGUUUGAAGAUGGAUGACAAUACGGUGGUUCAUGGUGAACCGCCGUUGGAUCACCUUUUCAAGAUAUGUUACAAAGCUGUGAUAUGCAUGAAUUGGCAAGCUCGGGGAAUAGCUUUACUUGGGGUGGCACUCGUAAUGAUCAAUGGAUUCAGUGCAAAUUAGAUAGAUGUUUUGGGAAUUCCUCUUGGUUUUCUUUAUUCCCUAACUCUCAUCAAUGGUUUCUUGAGAAGUUGGGAUCUGAUCAUAGACCUGUUUUGGUGAAGUUUAUUAAUGAUCAGGAGCUUUUUAGAGGACAGUUUCGAUAUGAUAAGAGAAUGGCUGAUGAUCCAGGUUGUAUAGAAGCUAUUAAUAGAUCUUGGUCUCGGGAGUGGGCUAGGGAUUCUCAUUCUUCUAUGUGCAGUCUUGUUGAAUGCCGGAAAGGAAUCAGUUUGUGGAAGAAAAAUGCUGAUUUUAA